AUGAUGGAGGGGACCAACGUGAGCUCCCAAACAUGGGGCUUCAUCCUCCUGGGCUUCUCAGACCGCCCCCACCUAGAGCCUCUGCUCUUCGCUCUGGUGCUUGUCUUCUACAUGCUGACUCUGGUGGGGAACCUGGCCAUCGUACUGGUGUCACGGCUGGAUGCCGCCCUGCACACGCCCAUGUACUUCUUCCUCGGCCACCUGUCCGUGCUGGACCUGUGCUUCACCACCAGCCUAGCGCCGCAGACGCUGGCACACCUGCACAGCGCCGACAAGACCAUCACCUUUGGGGGCUGUGUGGUGCAGCUGUAUACAUCUCUGGCGCUAGGCUCCACCGAGUGCCUGCUGCUGGCCGUCAUGGCGCUGGACCGCUUCGUGGCUGUAUGCCAGCCACUGCACUAUGUACUGGUCAUGAACCCACGCCUGUGCCGCCGGCUGGCCUCGGCAUCAUGGCUGGGUGGACUGGCCAACUCUCUCGUGCAUGCCACCUUCACCCUGCAGCUGCCCUUCUGUGGCCGCCGGCUGGACCACUUCAUCUGCGAGGUGCCCGCGUUGCUCAAGCUAGCCUGCGCUGAUACCAGCACCAAUGAACUGGUGCUCUUCACCAUCAGCAUCCUGUUCGUGCUGCUGCCACCCGUCCUCAUCCUCGUGUCCUACGGCUUCAUCGGACGUGCCGUGCUCAGGACCAAGUCGGUGGAGGCCCGGCGCAAGGCCUUCAGCACCUGCUCCUCCCACCUGACUGUGGUUGUCAUCUUCUAUGGCACCAUCAUCUACAUGUACCUGCAGCCACGCGACAACUACUCCCAGGACCGCGGCAAAUUCAUCUCUCUCUUCUACACCAAUGUCACGCCUGCCCUCAACCCCCUCAUCUACACACUGAGGAACAAGGAUGUGAAGGGGGCUCUCCGAAAGCUCUUUGCUGGGAGGCUGUGCUCCCCACGAAGUUGA